UGUUUCUUUGUUUUGCAAGAUUGACCCCUACACCACCAAAUUCAAUUAGUUUGCUUGUUUGGGCAAAUACCAAGCAAAUGCUUAUGUAAAACGCGGUAAACGUCUGCGCAACUAGCGCCGUUGCUAAGUAAUCAGCGUCGUAGCAAAAAUUAUAUUGUCAUACAGAAGUGCUCUUUAUUAUAAUGCAAAGGGCAUAUGCAAAACACAGAACGGAAAAUUUGGUGGAAGUUACACGACAACAACAGCUGCAUGCCAUACAAUAAUAAAUAUGCGGAUUAAGAUAUUGUCAAAAAUUCGCUUUCUGGUUCCAUUCGCAAUGCUGGUAGCGACAACAACUUUUGUAGCAAUGUAUUUUCUUCAGAAAGAGGGAUCCGAUAUGAAACAUGAACAUGUAACGAAGAUUCCUAAAGAUGUGGAAAAGUCAGUUGGUCAUGACGAAUGGUUCAGCAGAAACAGAACUGAAGCACAGAUGCCAUCAUUAAAUGUGCCUAAAGAUGUGGAAAAGUCAGUUGGUCUCGACGAAUGGAUCAGCAGAAGCCGUACUGAAGCACAGCGAGAGUGCCCGACGUCGCUCGAAUCAGAACAGAAAAGAUCAGAACUCGCAUGCAAAAUUCCAGACAUCGAUCCAUUCCAUCCAUCAAUAAUUAAAUUACUUCGUGACGUGUCUAUGCCCAGAUGCUGGAAGCAUAAAUCAUAUGGAAAAUUAGUAAACGGAAAAAUCCAUUUUUUAGAUCCGAAGGUAACUGCAGCGAAAUAUCGUCGGAUCGUUCGAGAUGGAGAUUUUAAGUACAUUCUUGGCACAAGCGUUCCUGUACCAGCAUUGAAUACAACAGAGAAGAUUACGGAUGAAUUUAUCGAAGUAGAAUAUGUACUUGACCACAAAACUGAUGGUGCCCAUAAGGAGAUUUUUAUCCAGCCAGUACCACAUGAACAUUUAUUAAAACGCAGGGCCGAAAAGCAACCUGGGAUACCCUUGAAUAUUUUGAUCAUUGGCAUAGAUUCACUCUCUCAUGCAAAUGCGAAACGAACGCUUGCAAAAGCGUAUAAAUAUCUAAAAGAUGAACUUGGUUCGUUCAUUUUUAACGGGCUUUCUAUAGUAGGAGACGGCACCACAGAACAACUGACCGCUAUGUUAACCGGAUUAGGAGAACUGGAGCAAUAUGAAUCAAGACGCCAUCAUAGUAACCCCAAGCCCGUAGAUGGAUGGACAUGGAUAUAUAAACAACUUAAAGAACGAGGUUAUUUGACUGGUUAUUCCGCCGACACUCCAUCUCUUGGUACAUGGCAAUACAGACUGAUGGGCUUCAAAGAUCCACCCACUGAUUUCUAUCCCAGACCGUUCUAUACCAUGGCUUCAGGAUUAUUAAAAGGAGACAUGUGCCUGGGUUCCAAAACCAUAUCAAAAGUUCAGUUUGAUUAUAUUCGAGAAGUGUUUGCAAUGUUCAAAAACAAAUUCAAGUUUUUUUUCUCAUAUAACGACCGUUAUUCCCACAAUGCCAACAGUAAUACUGCAAAAAUCGAACCAGAUCUGUUGUCGCUGCUACAAGACUUAAAACAAAGCAAUACUCUAAGUAAUACGUUACUCAUAAUCAUGGGAGAUCACGGUGCUCGCUAUGGCUCAGCACGUGCUUUGAUGCAGGGGAAACUCGAAGAAAGACUUCCAUUUUUUUCAAUGUCGUUUCCACCAUGGGUUUUAGAAAAGUACCCAGAAAUUUCGAAGAAUCUAAAAACCAACACCGACCGCUUGACGUCAUGGUUUGACGUAUACGCCACGUUUCGCCACAUGCUCAGUUACCCAGAAGUACCUGCCAACCUAAAACAUGGUCAGAGUUUAUUCGUAGAAGUUCCUAUAUCACGCACAUGCCCCCAGGCUAGUGUUAAAAAGCAUUGGUGUCCAUGUUUGGAAUGGGUGAAUGUAGAUAAAAAACACAGCCAUGCUAGGAAUUCAGCACUUUCAGCAGUGGACUUCAUCAACAAUGCCAUCCUAGAACACGAAAAAAGCGCUAAAAACUGCCGCAAUUUAACCAUAAAAAAUAUAAACUACGCCAUGCUGGAACGACCAAAUGAUAAACUAUUGUCAUUUCAGCAGACAAAUGAUUUAUUACCGGCAUUUAGCGACGGGUCAAGACCAAGUCAUAAGGACUUUUGUCGCUAUCAAAUACAAUUCACAACUUCUCCAAACAAUGCGAUAUACGAAGCAACUGUGCGCUAUCAUAAAAAAUGGUUUAUUGUAAGCAAGGAUAUUAGCAGAGUGAACGAGUACGGAAAUCAGCCAGACUGCAUUGCGAGAGAUCUACCACAUCUAAGGAAAUUUUGCAUGUGUGCGAAUUUAUAAAAAAAUAAUACCCCAUGCAAC